AUGGCUUCAUGGAUGAACGAAAACAACGGCGAGUCGAGAUCGCGGAGUCGGGGAUAUGAUUCGAAAAUGGCGGAAGAAAUGGCAAAAAAAUGCAACAGAGAAAUGAACAAGCGCUUGCGCAUGAUUCACGCAGAUGAAGGGAUCGACUACGGGCCGGAUGUUGACGACAAGACACUCGCUGAGAGGCAUGCGGUUGCGGUCAAGAUUCGCCGACUUCGCGUCAAAGCAGUUCUCGGAGCGAUACGUCGCUCUCGAUGGGUCGAGAGAAACGUUGGCUUUCUCUCAUUGGACAUACAAGGCCACAAACGGCUACUUGAUGGUGGUCGAUUUGGAAGGGAUUUGUGGCAUGGCGUUUGGGGUUUCGCGUCGGUUCUCUACGUGGUGUUGGCGUUGAAUCGUUUCGUUGUGAUCAUUGGAUGGGUCCGGGUCACGCAUUAUGUUACGCGAGUUCCCAUCUACGUCUGGCUUUUCCUGGCGGCGAGUUGGAGUUUCUACACGGGAAUCCUCCACAAACCGCUCACCUACAAUUCAAAGGCAUUCCUCGCUUUCUACAUUCCAUUUAUCGAGGAUCCAUCUAUAGAGCUCGGGAAAUACGAGAAUCGCAUGCAUGCUUUGAACAAUGUUCUCUUCUCUGUUCUCAUUUGUUUCUUCUACUCAGUGAUCUCGCUGAUUCUGCUCGUGGGCACGCAUCGGAAGCAGAUCUCUAAAAAGGAGAUUAAUGCACUAAUCCAAGCGGUUCUGAUCACCUGUCCAGCAAUGAUCGGCUCCCUUCUCUAUGUGUACAUUCAAUUCACGAACAAAGCCACGAAAGGAUGGGCGAUUCUCGGGCAAUUCAUGUGGCAAACGAUCACCGGAACUGGUGCCAUUAUCUAUUUGACUCUGAAUCAAAGUGUUCGCGAUUACUACUUUCAUCGAUCUCGCGUACACGGAUAUCAAACAACGACGAGUGACUCAAAUCAAGGCAAACUACAGCCAGCAGAGCAAACGGGGAUUCAAAAAUGU